AUGUCAAAUUUAGAUACGAGUGAGACACAGGUUUCACCUGCUACUGAGACUGGGUCUCAAAGCCGCUCGGCUGGGGAUGACGUACUGUCCCAAGCUAUGUUGAGAGUGUUGGACAGGGUCGCUGGACCCCAUUCUGGAUCUGGGGGUCGUAGGUCGAUAAUUGAACGACUCUGGUCCAAUAGAGCUGAGCUGUUUAGGGGUGUCACUGAAGUCGCCCCUACUGUGGCCGAGUAUUGGUUGGAGGCCACCGAAAGGAUUAUGAACAACAUCGACUGUACUCCUAAGCAUAAAUUAAAGGGAGCAGUCUCUUUGCUUCGCGAUGAGGCUUAUCAGUGGUGGCUGUCGGUUGAAGAGGGUGAUAAAUCUGUGGUCGAGUAUGAGGCCAAGUUUCUGAGGUUUAGUCGCUACGCUCGAGGCAUGAUGGCAUCUGAGUAUGAGAAAUGUGUUCGUUUUAAGGACAGAUUGAGGGUUCUGAUUGCUCCACAGAGGGAGAGAGAGUUUGUAGUUCUUGUAGAUAAGGCGAAGAUCGCCAAAGAGAGGCCUAAGAAACGUGCUAGACCUGAUGGGCCUGUUAGGGUGGAGGUUCUUGUUUCUCCUACUAAGAUUCAGUCUUACGGUGACUAUGCUAGUACUGUUUUCGAGAACUUGAGGAUUCCUAUUGAUUGUACUUCUGGUGAGAUUACUGUACUGAGCCCAUUGGGGCAAUCUAUUCGGGAGGCACCAGUUCUGUUUCUGAAGAAAAAUGAUGGUACCAUGAGGAUGUGCAUUGACUAUCGGCAGUUGAAUAAACUGACUAUGAAGAAGAAGUAUCCACUUCCGAGGAUCGACGAUUUGUUUGAUUAG